GCCGUUGGGGCCGUUGCUCUCCCGCCGCCUCCUCCCCUGCCCCCUCCCGCCGGGCUCGCCAGGCCCGCGCGCGCCGCCGCACAUGUGCAGUCGGGCGCCUCCGCAGCAGCGCGGCGGCGGGCGGGGGGUGCUCCCGCUCCGCGCUCCGGGUCCCUGUCUGGGGGCGGCGGCGGGGGAUGGAGCCGGCUCUCUUUGCCUUCGGCCGCUCAGAAAAUAGCGUUGUUGUCUCUGUGUCCUGCUGCUGUCAAGAUUUUAAGAGGACCGAUUUCUAGUCUUUGGUAACAUGGCAAAAGAUGCUGGACUAAUUGAAGCCAAUGGAGAGCUUAAGGUGUUCAUAGACCAAAACCUAAGUCCUGGAAAAGGAGUUGUUUCUCUACUGGCUGUUCAUCCUUCUACAGUAAAUACCCUUGGAAAACAGCUCCUGCCAAAAACAUUCGGACAGUCUAAUGUCAACAUUGCACAACAAGUGGUUAUUGGUACACCUCAGAGACCUUCAGCGCCAAAUACUAUCCUGGUAGGAAGUCCACAUACACCUAACACACAUUUUGUAUCACAGAACCAGACUGCAGAUUCUUCGCCGUGGUCUGCUGGGAAGCGGAACAAAAAAGGAGAGAAGAAUGGCAAGGGUUUACGUCAUUUCUCUAUGAAGGUUUGUGAGAAGGUACAAAGAAAAGGAACCACCUCAUACAAUGAGGUGGCAGACGAGUUGGUUGCAGAAUUCAGUACCACUGAUAAUCACAUUUCACCAAAUGAAUCAGCUUAUGACCAGAAGAAUAUUAGACGACGUGUCUAUGAUGCCUUAAAUGUCCUUAUGGCCAUGAACAUUAUCUCUAAGGAGAAGAAGGAAAUCAAAUGGAUUGGUCUACCUACUAACUCGGCUCAGGAAUGUCAGAAUUUAGAGGUGGAGAAACAGAGAAGACUUGAAAGGAUAAAACAAAAACAGUCUCAGCUACAAGAACUCAUUCUACAGCAAAUUGCCUUCAAGAACCUCGUGCAGCGAAACCGACAGGCAGAACAACAGGCAAAUCGACCGCCACCUUCCAAUUCUGUCAUCCAUUUGCCAUUUAUCAUUGUGAACACCAGCAAGAAGACAGUGAUUGACUGCAGUAUUUCAAAUGACAAGUUUGAAUAUCUAUUUAAUUUUGACAAUACUUUUGAAAUUCAUGAUGAUAUAGAAGUACUAAAACGAAUGGGAAUGGCUUGUGGGCUAGAAUCUGGAAGCUGUUCAGCAGAGGACCUAAAAAUUGCGAGAAGUUUGGUUCCUAAAGCUCUGGAACCAUAUGUGACAGAAAUGGCUCAGGGAUCAAUCAGCAGUGUAUAUGUCACAUCUUCGUCAGGUUCUGCAUCAAAUGGCACAAGAUUUUCAGCCAGGAUAUUUAAGACAUUUGUGUUUCAAGGCAAAAUUCCUGUCUUGAUGGGUUUUUUUUCAGGUAAGGAAGUACAGCUUUAUUCUUUCUCUCUCAAGAUAGUCUUUGAGUAGAUUCUUUUCACCCGUCUUUCUUCCAUCAGAGCUGGAAGGAUGUCCUUUUAAAGAUACAGUGUCUAGCUUACUUUAAAAGACUAAUGCAAUUACAUUUUUAAAGCUUUAAAAAAUACACCCUUUGUGUAGACUAUAGGUUUACUUGAAUGGAAAGUGAAAAAAAUAGAGAACUUGCAAGGGCAAGAGUUAAGCUCAGGCAUGUGUGGGACUAGCAGUGGUGAGGAGCAUGGUUUUUGCUCCAGCCCGUUCCUGCUGCCCAGAAAUGUGUGGGGAAUUCUGCCUGUUUUGCGCUGGGGAACUGAAGCUUGAGCGUGAAUACUACCAAAAUAUUUUUAGAGAAGUAGAACUUACACAGUAUGUAAAAAUCCCAUGUUUCCACUAAGGUUCCUUCUGUGAUAAAGAGUGUGGUGGUAGUGAAAAAGAGCACGUAUAUUUAGGCCACUGCUAGCCUGAGGCCAGUAGAACACCAGUGACUGUGGUUCAUUAUCUUAGUGAGAAGCACAAGAGCUCUUGCCACUUCUGUUUCUUAUGAGGUAGGAAAAGGAGAGGGACAAAUUAUGUUAGUACAUGUACAAAUGCUCAUGGCAAUAGGAAACUACAACAUGUGUAGCUUUUCUGGUACCAAAAGUUGCUGCCAAGGCACAUGAGAGCUGUAAAUUUAUUUAGCAAGGUCUCUAAAGUCUGCAGAAGACUGAAGAUGCAGCUACCAAUGCCUUCAUCCCAGUUUCUUUGUCUUGGUAGAAUACUCAGGUUAUGAGUCCAGUUUCAUUUUUAUCAAAAAGAGGGGAGACAGGUUUUUGGGCUUGUACUUUCAAAGUUCACAGGAACACAAGAAUAAUCUUCCCCUUCUCCCCCCCGUUUUGAAACUGCUUCUGCAAAUAAUUAUGGAGAAUCAGUUAUAAGUCAUCUAAUUACAGUUAGACAGAUAUCUUAGUAUCUUCUUUUCGAAUAAGUGUGCAGAAUAGCAGAAGCUCUUCCAAGUGUCAUAGUGGAUCUGUUUUCCUUGUGAGCUUCUGGAGUGUGUUCCUGCAGUUUUCUUCUGUGUAAUGAUAGACUUCCAAACCAUUGAAUUAGCUCCAUACAAACAAUAGUGUGCAUGAUUGAUUAUGUGCAUUAACUGGAUUAAAAAAUUACUAGCUAACAUAUUUUUGAAACCAGUCUAAAUGCUGCAUUUCUUUCAAGUUGGAGAUAAUAUUUCUGUGAUUUUUAGGAAAACAAUUUGUCAAGAAUUUGUGACCAAGUUUAUUAGUUUAUCAAACUGUGAGAAAGUAAACAAUAGAAAAAAUUGGCAAAAUAGCAAACAGUGAUAGAGGAAGCAGCGUUCUGGCUCUAUUAAAAUAAAAUACUUCUCGAUACAGUUAAUUCAUCUAGGAACAAGACAUUUCAGACUGUAUUCACAAUAUGGAUACUCUCUAAAUCUACUUGCUGAUCCAGGAGGUGUAUUUUCAGUGUAGGGAUAUUCUCACAGAGGGGAAAAUACGAGAUGCUGGAGAGGUUUUUUGGGUUGCUUUGUUAUUUUUUUUUAAACUAGGAAAGAGGAGCAUAAUGGGAAGAAAACAAUUGCAAGUUACGAAUACAGCACAUGUAGCAAUGCUGGUUUGAUACGCAGUAACAAGGAAUUAAAGAGAAGCUCUUAAUUCCUCAAUUUUGCAAGUAUUUGAAUCAGAUCAGUGCUUCUGAAAAACAUUACUCACUUCUGAUGAAAGUGUCCAGUGCUACAUAAAAAUAUUCAACGGUUUAGAUAGUUGUGUAGCCAUAACACUAAAUGUACUUUAGAAGAAGCCUGGAAGGUUCCAGUGAAAGGAUUUCAUCUUUAUAUUUAACAUAAAGAAGAAUCUAAUAAGAACCUAAUAAUAAAGAAAUCUAAUAAGAACCGUUUCAAAAUUACUUCAACUGUUUCUGCUUUUGAGAAAAAACUUAGACAUGUAUUAAAGACAAUUUAUAUAGUAGCAGUGGGAGAUCCAUUAAAGGAAUGGAAUAGAUGUAUGUUUCUGUUUAAGGGCACAGUAAACUGGGACAAAUAAUUAGGCA